CACCGUGCGCCACCUGGGCUAAGCCUCGUUGUUUCUUCGUUAUGUUUACCGUCUAAUUCAGUGAGCUAAGGCUUCUGUUUUGUGGACAGUGAGCUACUCAAGCGCUAGUUUUAUGUACUGCGGACACAGCUUGCAUUAAAGGCCAGUUUGUUUCAUUUGUCGACAUGGAGUCCGGGGAGGCCAACGAGGAGAAGAAGGGCUCCAUGUCGGCGGCGCAGAAGAGAGCGGAGAUCCGGAGGAAGAGGCUCCUCAUGAAUUCAGAGGACAGGAUGAACAGGAUUGUGGGAAUCACCAAAAACGAGUCUGAAAAUAACGGAGCAUCUCGGCAUCCCGCAGAACCCCGGUUCCAUCUGCCUCUAGAGCCAUGGUCGUCCUCCUCAGCUUCUCCUAGACCGUCUCCAGGGAUUGGCAGUCACUCCCACAGCUCAACCCCAGAGAGGAGGGGCUCACCCCUGCCAGAGCUCUCCAGCGAGCCACCCGGAGGAUCCUCGGAAGAUGACAUCGGAGGAGUCCGACGGAGACCGAGGGGUGAACGGCCGUCAGAUGAGCUCAGUGGCUCACCGCGUCGAGGUUUUCUCUCUGCGUCGUACCUUUCUCGUUUUGAUGAUGCCAUGAAGCUUCGGGGUCAGCUGGCCAAUGAAAAGCCAGCCGAGGACGGAAGGUCGGAUUCAGAGGAGUUUGAUCCCUUCAGGGUCUUCAGGCUCAUCGGCAGCAUCCUCCUUGCUGUUUUUGUCAGGGUUUUUGUCUGCAAGUAUCUGUCAAUAUUUGCUCCAUUUCUGACCCUUGAACUGGCCUACAUGGGAUUAUCCAAAUACUUUCCAAAGGUAGAGAAGAAGACCCAGACCACUGUGCUAACUGCUGCCCUGUUGCUGUCCGGCAUCCCCGCCGAGGUCAUCAACCGCUCCAUGGACACCUACAGGAGGAUGGGUGACGUCUUCGCUGACCUCUGCGUCUACUUCUUCACCUUCAUCCUCUCACACGAGAUACUGCUGCUCAUUGGCUCAGAGACUCCCUGAUAGGUUAAGAGGACCUCAGUAACCCUCCCCCUCAUUUUUGCUGUCCCCUCCCAUCUCCUAUAGCAACAAGGCAUGCUCAUUCGCGCCCUCUGGUGCUUGUUUGUUGUUGAUAGUCUGGAGGCGACCCCCUGCUGCCUUAUGAUCAGGGCUGCACGUGCCGCCUGGACGAGUGCUCAUUAUUUCAGCUUUUUUGGGAUUUCACUAACGCUAAAGCGACACCCGACCACAAAGUUCGGUGUUUUGGUACAGACCUCCAGGUUAAUUUUACUCUGAACAGAAGCUGUGAAACCUGUGUUACCUGUGUGUAAAGAAUGUACUGUCAUUUAUUGCGCUGAAGGAUAUUUCUUUGUCAGAUAUAGUGCAAAAAAUGGAAACCUGUCACACUGAAGAGUGGACUACAGUAGCAGUCAUCACAGCGGGCAGCCACAGAUUGCAUUUAACUUAUGAAGGGGAAACACUGGAGUCUCCUCAAAGGCUGGGUGAUGAUUUUAAAUAUGACACCAGACGGAGCAAUUAUUUUUGCCGAACAAAAUGGCCCAGUAUGUUUAGUCAUAAUACUUUGAAUUAUUGCCCAGCCCUGAGUCAUUCUGUGGAGUAAUAACCUCCAAAGAUGAUGCUUAGUCUGAGCAGGGUGUCAUAUUUUCAGCGAACGCCGCAGGUUGAUUCCUCAGCAAGCUUCUAACUCUUCUGUAAAACCAAAUCUGCUUUCAAACUGAUGAAAACUGCUGGAGAGUUUCAGCGGUAGCUGAUCUCCUAGCUAGUAUUAAAACACUAUAAUUAUCUUUUGAGCAAUUUAUGCAGCCCUGUGCUGCAAUACACAGGAUCAACUCAUUUUCAGUUCAUGCCAUUUAAACCAAACGCAUAACACUGCUAGCCAUUUAGACUAAAAUGCUUCAUUCGCACAUUUUGUAAACAAAUCCUCAUCUUGAAUGAGGCGAAAGGAAAGUGAAGUGGCUACACCCUUGCAGAAAAGAGGUUUAAGAAGUUUCUUGAUACUUAAUGAUUGCGAGUAUGAAUUAAAUUGACAGAAGCAGCUGCUUCCUGUUCCUUCUCAUACGGUACAUCACCAUCCCUGCUGAUUGCUGUGUCCACCCCUCAAGCUCUAGACUACAUAGAGAUGUGACAGUUGUGUCACAAAUAACAACCGUCACUGAGGUCCAGAAGAAAAUCUCCUGCAAAAAAACCCAAAAAAACAGUGUGGCUGCAUUUGACUUGAGUAGUCUUUGGAAAAUACACGCCCUGAGAUUAAUGGCAAGAUUCAGAAAUUUGCUUUCUGACUUUGUUCUCAGGUUUAUUAAUUGUGCUUUUUUGUGAAUACUGUAAUUAAUCUCAGCGAUCUAGCAGUUAUCUUGCUCCUCCCCAGCUGAAAGAGUGGAGAUGGUCGGAUGACCUCCAUCACUGCUGCACAGCCUACUGAGAACAAAUAGCUGGAAGGGGAGGAAUGGCUAUAGGAACAGGCCAGCAGGCAGACCUGGAUUUAACACACUAAUGAUCUAAAUGUUGGAGAAAGAGCCGUGUCAAACAUUUUUAGCCACUGGAAAGCGCUGACUUAGAGGUCUUAGGUUGAGGUCGGAGAGGAAGAACAAAACUACUGUAAAUCAACAGAGGAAAAAUGACAGAAAUUCUAGAUCGCCUCAAACUGUGAACUUCUUUGAUUUUUACGAAACAAACACUUACAGAGACGGCCCUCCACCCUUUUGUUAGAGAUUUAAAAGAUAUUCAAGUAUUGAAGAGCUUUCCUUUUUUGAGGGGUUUUCUUUUCCUCGUAGCAGCGCUUUAAAUCAUGUUUUCUUUUGUGAUCUGUCUCCUGGUGUUUGGGAAGGGUCCACUUACUUUAUGAACAAAUUUCCUCCUUUGUUUACAUCACAUGAAGGAUUUAGCCCUCGAAUGUUUAGUGUAUGGUAUUAACGCUCGACCGUGAGCUUAAAACCGCAGCAAACUUUAUACACGGUGGGGAUAUUUUGGGGAUUUUACUGGAAAGUGCUGUCACUGCAGUUUUGUGAGAGGCAGUGGGAGUUUGUACGCUUAUUUGUGUCGAGUAAUUCUGGUGACAUAUCCUGCUUUGCUUUGCUCAAAACACUCAUACAUACUUGCAUAAAUAUACAGUAUGCUCUCUACUUCUGUGCUGUCCUUGUUUCAUAUUUGUAAUUUUAACCUGAUUAAUUUAUAAAUGUGAAUAUUUUUUUUUUCAUGUAAAUGAAUUGGUGUAAUUUAUCCUACAGUUUGUCUGACCUACUUGAUUGUUUUUUUUGAUAACAUAAAUUUACAGAUAGACUGUUUUUAAUGGCUCUUGCAGUAUCUUACAUAUUUGAACGUGAGUAACAAAUGUAGUGUUGAUGUGAUGUAAACGGUCUCUGCUCCAAAAGAAGAAUGAGCAACAGAACAAUUCAUACCAAAUAAAUACUACUUGUGUGA